AUGCGGUAUCAUGUGAAUGGACAGCAGCAUGAGAAGCCAUCACACAGGACCAACAGAGAGCCGAGGCUGGGUUACGCCAGGGUGGCUAGGGAGGUACUGGGAGGAGGACUGACCAUCGACACCCUACCAGACAACAUGACACACUUAGUGGUGAGUGGCGCUGGGGCAGUGGUCCAACAACACACUAGUGAUGUGUACAUACAGUAUGUCAAUGGGAGAUUCGCUUGUUCCAGUUGUGGUGGUAGAAUACUGAUCCCUGCUGGCCUUAUACAAAACAAAUCAAUGUUGAACUGCAUUAGACUGCAGAGGGUAUAUGGAAAAGAGUUGAACAAUGUAGACUAAAUCAAAUUGCAAUGAAUAAUUUCAACCUUGCUGCUGAAAUUUGCAGUCCAAGACAUUCAAGGAUAUCCUAAGGUUUCUAAAAGCGUAUCCCCUUACCUUAUUUAGUAUGCAGCCUGCAUUAUUUAUAUUUAGUAUCCCUCUCUUGUUAAACUACUAUGUAAUAUACUGGAGACUGGAACUCAAUGUAGAGUGUGUGUUUGUUUGUGUGGGCUUGCAUUCAAAUGUUGCUUUCAUUGUUAACCCUGUUGUUCAUUAUAACAUCUCAUCUCCACCUCUCACACCAUUAUUGUAUUUCUCCCAUCCCAUCCCUCAACUUCUCCUCUUUCCCUCACCUCUACUGUUUCUAUAACAGGAGGACGCUGGUAGGUAUUACACAUGGCGUAGUUUUGGCCCUGAUGACCAGUGCACAGAUGAACUCUGGGUAGAUCCAAACGACCUAGAGCAUGGCCAAGUCAGAAUGCAUGGCAUUUUGUCCAAUACACACAGACAGGCUGCGGUGAGUGAUACACACAGAUACACACACACACGCGCGCGCACACAUUUUAUUUCCCUCCCUCUCUCUCUUCCUUGUUUUCCAGAAGGUUGCCCUCUCGUUUGACUUCCCCUUCUACGGACAUUACUUGAGGCAGAUUACCAUAGCAACAGGAGGUACAUUUCAUUAUUCUUCCGACACAUGGCAAGAUGUUCAGACUCAGAUGGAGCCACUUAUCAUAUUUCUUCCUUUAUACUCCCUGCUUGUUACUUACAUUAAGCCUAGAAUGAAUGAAAUGUAACUACCAGUUGCCACUUGCCAUGCAUCUCCAUAGAACCCUGACCUCUGACCUUCCCCAGGGUUUAUUUUCAUGGGAGAGGUCACACACCGCAUGCUGACAGCAACACAGUACAUCGCCCCCGUCAUGGCCAACUUUGACCCCAACUUUUCCAAGGAGUCUACUGUGCAGUACCUGGACAAUGGUGAGCCAUAGAGUAACAUUCAGACAGCUCUUGUUAUUGGACUUUUGACCCUUGGUUGACCUCUGUGUGACCUAUCCUGUACUGUCCCCAGGUGAGGUGUUUGUGAUGCAGUGGGAGCAGGUGAGACUUUAUGGGAGGGAGGCAGAGGGGGCAUACACCUUCCAGGCUGCCCUGCACCUCACAGGGACCAUCACCUUCAGCUACAGAGAUGUGAGAGAGACUUACAACAUGCACACUUAUGAACCUUGUACAACACGUCUCUGAUUUUAAUGUAUUCCAUCUAAACACAGUCACACUUUUCUGUUUCUCUGUCCAUUUUUCUCUACCUGUCUCUCUCGCUCUUUCAGAUACCUUUGCCAGUGGAGGUGAUAAGUUCUGCUGAGCACCAUGUGAAGACAGGGUUAUCAGAUGCAUUCAUGGUGUACCUGCCUUCCCCUCAAUCCUCAGGUUAGCAGCAAGGGGUUCCCUAACCCUAACUCACAGUUAUCCAGGUUGGCAAGUCUUUGACUUUUGCUAAAAUUAUCUGAAACCAAAUCUCUCACAUAGAUGCCCAACGUCGGCUCUACGAGUACCAUCGGGUGGACAUCGAUACAACUAAGAUCACCAACAACUCUGCCUUUUGAGUUCACUGCAUUGCCUAGUAAGCAGCUCAAAACUAUCCCUCAUACAGGCCUCUCAGACAUUUCAUCCUCAAUAACCAGUCACAGGCACAGCUUAGAGAUCGUUAUAAUGUUAAUGCCAAUGAUGUCGCUACAGAAUCAAAACCCAGGUCUCUCUGUCUCUCCCUCCCUCUGUCCAGCCUGUCUGCAGCAUGACAGCUGUGAACUCUGCCUCUCAUCCAACCUAACCUCUGGCUGUACCUGGUGCAACGUCCUCCAGAGGGGAGCAGGAGAGGAGUGUAGGUCCCUAUCUGAAUAAAGGAGUCCUUGUUUCUUUGUGUUUGACAUCUGUGUCUGUUUCAGGUGCUCAGAUGGAAUGGACAGACACAGGCAGGAGUGGCUGGACUACGCCUGUUCAGAAGAGGUACAAUUGGACAAUGUCAAUGAACGUUCACAUACUUUACAUGUACUGUACAUCAAAUGUAAAUCACAGUCUAAGCUUCCUCUGUUAAAACCACAAUUCUCAUCCAUUAUAUGGACAGGCCGAAGAUGUCACCUGUGAGGAUUAUUCCAGGGGGGGACCAGACAGCUCCAUUGACCCUUCAGUUCCCUCAGACUCUGAGGUCCCCACUCCCCUGGGGCUCCUACUAGAAGGCCCUGCCACGGAGAGUAAGUCAAGGGUGUAAAUGAGUGUGCCUGGGAGGGUUUAUAUCGGAGUAUCAGAGUUCAACUGUGCAUGCAGCAGUGUUAAACAGAGCAAGAACAAUGAUGCCAUAGUAAUGCUCUAGUGCUCAGUGUCUCUCUUUAGCCAGUGCCUACAGUAAUCUGAGUGUUCUUGGAACAUGCAAAGAAAUUGCACAGAAAUUGAGUUCAGGAAAAUAACAAUGGAAGCAGUUUGAGUGACUCAAACUGCUUCCAUUGUUAUUUUCCUGAACUCAAUUUCUGUGCAAUUUCUUUGCAUGUUCCAAGAACACUCAGAUUACUGUAGGCACUGGCUAAAGAGAGACACUGAGCACUAGAGCAUUACUAUGGCAUCAUUGUUCUUGCUCAAAUUGAGUCCUAACUGCUCAAUAUUCAAACGGGCCUACAUUUGAUCUUCCUGCAGAUGACACCAAACGUGUGAUUCUAUACAAUGGUAAAGGUGGGUGGAUCUUUAUUUACUUUGAGCCCGAGUGGUGCAGUGGUCUAAGGCACUGCAUCACAGUGCUAGCUGUGCCACUAGAGAUCCUGGUUUGAAUCCAGGCUCUGUCGUAGCCGGCCGCGACCGGGAGACCCAUGGGGCGGCGCACAAUUGGCCCAGUGUCGUCCAGGGUAGGGGAGAGAAUGGCCGGCAGGGAUGUAGCUCAGUUGGUAGAGCAUGGCGUUUGCAACGCCAGGGUUGUGGGUUUGAUUCCCACGGGGGGCCAGUAUGAAAAAUAAAAAAAGAAUGUAUGCACUCACUAACUGUAAGUCGCUCUGGAUAAGAGCGUCUGCUAAAUGACUAAAAUGUAAAAUAAAAUGUAAAAUUAGUUGUGUAUAUGGAGCCAUGUUACAGGAUUAUGAUUGUACAUUGUCUCUCUUUCCUGGUUAGAUGUGAAGACAGGCCCACUGAGACAACACGACGGGUCAGCUCACACAGGAGUUAUAGCAGGUGUAGUAGCUGCAUUGGUGCUACUCCUGGCUGUAACACUGCUGGCUCUUUACAUCAACUCUCACCCCUCUACUUCCUACAGGUUAGUAACACUAUCAGGGCUCACAUUCAGCCAGCUCUGUCAGUCUAUGUCCUGCUAAAUGUAGACUUCUCCUCCCAUUCUCUUUAACCUUUUAAAACAAUGACCUGUAUGAUCUUAUUUCAAUAGUGACGCAACAGCUACUGGCCAUCCAUGAAGUUCAGGAAGCAGGGAUUCCACUCCAGCUACGCAGAGAUGGAGGUUGAAGGUCACGAGAAGGAGGGCAUCAUGGAAGCUGGCCAGUGCUGA